AUGGAAAACAAUCAUGAAGAACUUCAGACUGAACUAUCACUUUUUCUUGAAAAUAUUGAAGAAUAUAGCCCAUUAAUAGAAUAUGAAAAUAACACCUCAAUAUUGCAUAAAAGUGUUAUUAAUCCUACUCAAAAUAGUAGUAUUUUAAAAUAUAACUUGAACAAAUUGAUUAUGAAAAAAUGUUAUCCUUUAGUAAAACAUGAAAAUAACCUCAUGAUAUGGCAUGAAGGUGUUAUCAACCCUGUUCAAAAUAGUAAAUUAGUUAUGAAAAAAUGUAAUCAUUUAGUAGAACAAGACAAUAGCCUUAUGAUAGAGUAUGAAAGUACUCAGAAUAGUAAUAUGAUAGGGAAUAAUAGAAUUUACAUAGAAGAACAG